AUGCUCCCUCAUCCGCAUACUGGUAAAGAAAUCAAUGCUAAAUUGUGCUUUGUCUUUGCAGCUUUUAAUAUUUCUGACAAGAUUCUUUGUGCCACUACUGAUGGAGGCGCUAAUGUGGUUUUGGCAAUGCGAUUGCUAAAGGAUAAAUUAAUUUUAAAAAAUUAUAAUUUUCACUUUCAACCUUGUCGCUGCUUGGCACAUAUAUUGAAUCUUAUCAUUACAACUGGGUUAUCACCUAUUAAAUCAUCAAUUGAAAAAGUGCGCAAUUUUGUCAACGUUAUUUCAUCAUCAUUAUCUAUAACUCAGGAUUUUAAAGAACUUGGUCAAACGGUUGGUGAAGGUGAAUUGACUCGUAAAAUUCCACAGGAUGUUUCAACUCAUUGGAAUAGUACUUAUCUUAUGCUUUCAGCCUAUGUAACCAUGCCUAUGACUAUUUCAGCUAUAAUUAGACGUAAUAAAAAUCUUGAAAAAUUUAAACUUACCCCACAAGAUGAAACUAAUCUUCAAGUCACAACCCAGUUUCUAAAGCUAUUUUAUGAAACCACUAAUGUUCUUUCUGGUAGCACAUAUACAACUUUAGGUAUUUCGAUUCUGCUAAUCGACGACAUUAUUGAAAAUGUUUUAGCAUGCAUUCAGGAUCCAACGAGUCCAGAAUUUCUCAAAAUAGCUGCAAUUCAAAUGUCAGAAAAAAUUCAAAAAUAUACUAACGAAAUUUAUAACAAAACAGCAUUUAUAGCUGCUAUUCUUGAUCCUCGGAUUAAACUAGAAUUAAUGCCUAUUGACAUGAAUAAUGAAGCAAAUCACACCAUUUUUAAUAAUGUUUUUCGAUCAGAAUAUGCUGACCUUAUUUUAAAUAACUCCAGUACCUCCCUUACCUCCUCUAUCUCAUCUACCUCAACCUCUUCUACAAAUUUAAAAGUACCAUUGAACUUAACAUAUACAGAGCAAAUUGCUCAAAAAAGGUGA